AUGGAUUGUACGACUAGCUCGUACGUACCUUCAGAUGACUGCGAAGAGAACGAUAUGAGCGAAGAGGAAAUCCAUGAAGCUGUUUUGGCGGCCGGAAAGAAAGCUAAGAAUAUCAGUCUUUGUGAGAAGUGCGAUCAAAUCGUGGGCUGGUUCUUUCUGGAGCAAAAAGUGUUCAGAGGAAUAAUCAGAAGAGAGGGAGGCUUCCCUCAACUUAUCUAUAAUUUCAAAAUUGACGAGCUCAAGCUGUUUUGCAAGCUCUGCAACUUUUUCCAUUCGAUCAGAAUUGAGGAGGCAUACGAGGACGAAGAAUAUUUUUCCCUCGCAAGGUCAACUGCAGGAUAA